AUGAUCGCAGAAUGUAAUGUGGAACCCGGACGUGUGGCCAGCCGGGGAAUGGUGACACAGCGAACCAAAUGGAGGAAUGGUGUUGUAGAUAUUACGGAACGCAGACCGGGCCAAGGAAGAGCCUCUGCAGGACCUUUGACCCAGCCGACCCAACACCUUCGGAAGACCCACCCCAAGACCCACCUCAAGACCCACCCCAAGACCACUCAAGACCCAACCCCAAGACCCACCCAAGACCCACCCCAAGACCCACCCAAGACCCCACCUCAAAGACCCACCCAAAGACCCACCUCAAGACCCACCUCAAGACCCACAAGACCACCUCAAGACCCAAAGACCCACCCCAAGACCCCCAAGACCCAAGACCCACCCAAGACCACCUCCAAGACCCACCACCCACUCAAGACCCACCAAGACCACCCCAAGACCCACCCCAAGACCACCCACCAAGACCACCCCAAGACCCACCCCAAGACCCAGCUCCUCCUCUGA